AUGGAUGAGGACGACCACCACGGCAUGCACGUGGUCAAGUUCACUGUCGCCUACUCCAGUGCGGUGCUGGACCAAGGACCUCCGCCUCAACAGAUCCUAGCUUGGUUUGUUGAUACAUGCAGAUUUGUGGUCUCUGACUUUGCAACAGAUGUUAUUGUGCAUAUCGGUGAAGUCAGAUUCUACUUGCACAAGCACGUAGUUCUUCAGACACAAAAUGUUCAACUGUCGGGGUCUCUUUGUCAUGCCAUCAAGAGUAUGGGAAGUCCGAUCAUUUGCUGCUCAAAAUCCGAUAAAUCAAAGGAGGAAUGCGCGAGAAGCAAUACUAUCAUCAAUGGCAAGCUCAACAAGAUGAACCAUACAAGCGAGGAACCUCCCAGGCGCAGCAACUCCUCCGUCCAAGUUGAGCGCUGGGGAAAGUGUGUUAAAGAUGAUUCUGUGACCUGA